AUGAUUACUCGUCCAUCUUCGAUUCGUCCUGGCCGCUUGAAUGAAGCUGAGCUCAUUCGUCUUCGUCAAAAGCGUCUGAAAGAAAUUCACAUGUGGACAGUCAUUCGAGAAAUUUUGAUGUAUAUAUGUUUCAUCUCAGUUCUCUACAUGGUCGUCUAUUCCAAUCCUUAUUCAAAUGCAUUCCUACAGGCCAAUCAUCUACGAAAAUAUUUUCUCAAUUCAAGACAGGCUGAUUUAGAUUUGACAGAAGUGUCGACGAUUGAUAAGUAUUGGCAAUGGUUGGGGAGUAGCUUUGUUGAUAAUCUUCGCGCACAAAAGUGGUACAAUGGCGACCCACCUCGCAAUCUCAGCGGUUUUAUCAAUGAUAAAUCUCAUCGAUUAAUCGGAUGGGCAACCAUGAGACAACUACGUGUCAAACCCGAACAGUGUCGAAUAGUUUCGACAUGUCACGCCGAUUAUAGUUUCUUCAACGAAGAUAAACAUUCAUACACACCGACAUGGCUUAAUGAAACAUCGCGAAUGUCCGAUUCGCCAGUUGAAAAAGCAUUCACAUACCAGUCUAGUGAUGAACUGGAUACAUUUAUUUAUGCUGGAACUUAUGCAAGUUAUGGAAGCGGUGGUUAUGUGUAUGAAUUUCGUGGUGGUUUCAUAGAUGUUCGGAAUAAUAUUUCUCGACUGCAUGCGCUUGGAUGGAUUGAUGAAAAAACACGAGCUGUGAUUAUUCAGCUCACUCUUUAUAAUCCAAAUGUUCGAUUGUUCACGGCUGUGACAAUCCUGGCCGAAUUCUUAUCCACAGGUGGAGUGUUCACUUCAGCUCGAUUUGAGCCAAUUAGCUUUGACGCAUUUACAUCACGUUCUCAAUUGCUUUGCACUAUUAUUUACAUGUUACUGGUAGUUUACUUCAUGUGGAUUGAGUUACGAUCAUUCAUCGAGUUGAAACGGAAAUAUUUUUAUCAUUUCUGGUCUUACGUUCAACUUGGACUGAUUGUGUGUUCCUGGACAAGUGUUGGUAUCUAUACUUGGCGCUAUAAUGAAUGUCAACGGAUUGGCCAAUUGUUUUCUGAAACCAACGGAUACGUUUACAUUAAUUUGCAAUUCGCAUCGUAUGUCAAUGAUCUACUGACAUAUCUAUUGGGUUUUUGCUGUUUCUUCGGUACAAUUCAGUUGAUUCGAUUGUGUCGUUUCAAUCCACGCCUGUGUUUAUUUGUUCAUACGCUUAAACACUCAGCGAAAGAGCUACUAUCAUUUAUGUUCAUGUUUGCAAUUAUGUUCAUGUCAUUUCUUUGUCUAUUUUAUUUGUUGUUUAUGUCGCAGCUGCCGGAAUGUGCAAGUCUGUUAGGAACAGCACAAAUGUUAUUUGAAAUGACAUUGAUGAAAUUUGAUGCACAUGACUUGAGUGAAGCCGCCGCAUUUCUCGGUCCAUUCUGCUUUAGUUUAUUUAUUGUGUUCGUGGUGUUUAUUUGUAUAAGUAUGUUUUUAUCAAUCGUUGUUGAUAAUUUUCGUCGUGUAAGAGCAACUCUUGAUGACCAAAGUGAUGGAAUAUUUUCAUUUAUGUUGGAACGAUUUCAGCGGUGGACAGGUUGGAAGAAAAUGACAGAAGAAGACAUGAACGCUGAAAGAAAUGAACGAUUGCGUGCUGGACAGUACUAUCAUCCGGCUGACAUGUUGUCAAAAAAGGUUGAUGAAUUACUAUAUGCACUUGAUCGAAUUUAUAUGGAUCAAGCAAGAAAAUUCUAA